AUGGUGGCUGCUAUUUCUUAUGAUCCAAGGCAAAAUCUCAACGUAAGAAAAGACCAUCUUCAACAACAUGGAGUAGUUGUACUCGAAGAAAUUGAUGGUCUUAUAAAAGUUUACAACAAUGGCCACAUCGAAAGACCACAAAUUGUCCCAAAUGUCCCACAUUAUUCUCUGCCUCAAGAACUCAGCGUCACAGCCAAAGAUGUCAUUUUACACAAUCCAACCAAUUUAUGGUCGCGAAUUUACCUUCCCAAUACCUUAAUCCCUGCUACAAAACUGCCUUUACUUGUUUAUUUUCAUGGAGGUGGUUUCUGUGUAGGCUCUGUUGCAUGGAAAUGUUACCAUGAUUUCUUAGCAAAUCUUGCUUCAAAAAUUGGCUGUGUAAUUAUGUCAGUUAAUUAUCGUUUAGCACCAGAAAAUCGUCUUCCUGCUGCUUAUGACGAUGGAGUCCACGCUAUAACGUGGCUAAAAAAUCAAGCACUAGCCAAUUCUAAAGAACAAAAUUGGUGGUCAAGCAAAUGCAAUUUUUCCAACUUGUUCCUUAGCGGUGACAGUGCUGGUGCUAAUAUUGCUUAUCAC